CGAGCGGGCAGGCGGGCAGCGGGGGUCUCCUUCCCUGAGGCGAUGGGCUCGGACUGGAGCAGCCCCGAGGAGCGGGAGCCCCUCUUGCAGCCUCCGCCGGCGCCCGCGGCGCUGCCCCAGCACUAUCCUCCGCAUGGCCAGCCCCGGAGGACGGCAGCGGCCUCGCGGGCGGCGGCUCCCCGCAGCCAAGGGCUGGUCCCCGCGGCGCCUCCGCGCCCACCGCCGCCUCCGCUGGCCGGCCGCGUGUACGGGCGGCGCUGGCUGGUGCUGCUUCUCUUCUCGCUGCUGGGCUUCGCGCAGGGCCUGGUGUGGAACACCUGGGGCCCCAUCCAGAACUCGGCCCGCCAGGCCUUCCCCUUCUCCAAGCUGGACAUCGCCCUGCUCGUCUUCUGGGGGCCCAUCGGCUUCGUGCCGUGCUUCUUCUUCAUGUGGCUCAUGGACAAGAAGGGCCUCAGGGUAACUGUGUUGCUAACAUCAUCCCUCAUGGUGGUAGGAGCUGGCCUGAGAUGUGUUCCUAUAUCAGACCAAGAAAUAAGGAAAUGGCUGAUCCACGGAGGACAGCUGUUGAAUGGAUUGGCAGGACCUACUGUCACUAGCGCUGCUCCAUUCCUCUCCACUACAUGGUUUUCACCAGAUGAGCGUGCCACCGCCACAGCUGUUGCAUCAUUGAUUGGUUACCUUGGUGGAGCAUGCGCUUUUUUAGUAGGACCCUUCGUGGUUCCAGGACCGAAUGGCACAUCCACAGUUGCACCUGGAAGCAGCCCGGAGCAUAUCAAAGACCGCAUUGAGGCUGUGUUGUAUGCAGAAUUUGGCUUUGUGGCCUUGAUAUUCUCUGCAGCCCUUGCCUACUUCCCAUCACGUCCUCCAUUUCCACCCAGUGUAGCUGCGGCUAGCCAGAGGCUCAGCUACAGAAGAAGUUUUUGUAGGCUAUUAAGCAACCCACGGUUUCUGAUGAUUGCUCUAGCCUAUGCUAUACCAUUGGGUGUUUUCUCGGGAUGGUCUGGUGUUCUAGACUUGAUAUUAACCCCAAAGGACAUAAGCCAAGUGGAUGCAGGUUGGAUUGGAUUUUGGUCUAUUGUAGGAGGUUGUAUUGUUGGCAUAGCACUGGCAAGGUUUGCUGAUUUUAUCCGAGGAAUGCUGAAACUUAUACUGCUUCUGUUAUUGUCAGGAGCAACUUUGUCAUCCAUCUGGUUCACUUUGACGUGUUUAACAACUGUCAGUCAUCUUCCUUUAACUACAGCCACCUUGUAUACUUCUGGCAUCUUGUUUGGCGUCUUCUUGAACAGCAGUGUACCUAUUUUCUUUGAACUUUUUGUGGAAACUGUCUACCCUGUUCCAGAAGGGAUUACUUGCGGCGUGACCACUUUCCUAAGCAACAUGUUCAUGGGAGUUCUUUUAUUUUUUCUUACUUUCUACAAUAAAGAGUUCUCUUGGUUUAACUGGUGCCUCCCAGGCUCCUGUCUGCUAAGUCUUCUACUCAUCCUGUGCUUCAGGGAAUCCUACGAUAGACUUUAUCUCGAUGUCAUCGUCUCCGUUUGAUAGCACAAAACAGAAGGGAGCUCCAGAAGAGGAUGGAAGUUAGAACCCUGCUCUGCCUCUUUCCUUUGGAAAUUGAAAAGACCAAAGGUCAAAGCUUAAAAAAAACCUAAACAGUUUUAACAUUGACCUUUUAACUGAACUUACAAAGUGGUUUUUAAAGUACACUUCCUAAUUUCAGAUUUUAUUAUCUUGAUAACGAUGGUGAGUGUUGCACUUGAAUGGGAAUUUGAAUAUUUUUUUAAAAGCGCACACUCAGAAAAAUGUGCGUUAGGGAGAAGCUAUAGUUUAUUAACUGUGAAAUUUUUAUUUAAUAAGCUAUUUAACUGGGUAUACAGAUUUUGUGCCAACUCAAGCCAUUUACAAGAUAGAUACAAAAUGAAUAUCUUAGGGUUUAAGGGACGAACAUAUUCACCAUCACAAAGUCUAUUUUUGCAGCCUAAAGAGUCUAAUAAGAAUUCUGAUGUUCCAAUAUUUUUCCUGCUUUUUAAACAAUAUACUAUCCCCCAUGGUGUAGUAUAUGAAAAGACAAGUGUCAUUUUGAUGGCAAAAUAUCUACAACGUAGUUAAUCAGGGCUGAACAAGUUGUUCCCUCACUAUGAGUCCUCUAAGCUCUAUCAAAAUGAGAAUAGUGGGUAGAUAGGAAUUUAUCCUUCUAGGAUUUUAACUAUGGCCAAAUAUUUAAAAUCCAUAUAAAUGUCUUGGCAUGCCCCUUGUACACUACAUUUAUUUUCGAAUGAAGCAAUUUCUAAUGUUUUCUAACCACUCCCCUUCUUGACACAUUGAAGGGUCUUAUGUCAGUUGGUGCUAUAUAUUCAGUUAUGUCUAAAACAAUUAAUUGCCUUAGUAUAGGAAUGAUGUCGGUUGUGAAGGUAUCAUGGGGCAGCAAUACCUUUACGGGGAUAUUUUUAAUUCAUCUCUCUAUCCAAAUACUGCAAGCUGUCCUCCCAAUGUUUUUAUCAAGCUGACUGAACAAAAUUUAUAGCUUUUCUGUUUCAAGUCAUGUGUGUUUUCAAGCUAGUUUACAAUUUAAAGAGUGCCUAUCAUGUGUGAUUUUGUUUUUAAACAGAUAUUCAGUGGUGGUAUUUUCGGAUA